CUGCAGAGAAUAAGCACGCAGCGGCUACAGAUUCUACAGGAAUGGUGCCAUAUUUGUGAUCAACUAUCAAUUAGUGGCAAUGAGACAAUUCACACGCCGACCCCACCUCCGGAUGAAAAAUGGGUAGGAUCCUGCUAAAAUACUGGAGAUGGCUCCAGCAAUGCACACAUUAUGUUAUGAUUUCUCUCAUUAUCAGCUCAGGUAGGAUUACUUGUAAAAAUACCUAGCCAUCAUCGUCGCCGCAACACCUGUGCACAACAAUGGAUUCCCAGGAAGGUUAUCGUCAGCGACGAAUGCUCCAAAAUCGUCUGGCCCAGCGCCGAUUUCGGGAGCGUAACCGAGCCGCAAAAAGCGAUCGUUCACAGGGCGAGAUCGAGGGUAUCACUCAUUACGACCACUAUCCUCAGCUCCACCAUAGCCCCGGUGCAUCAAGCCCUAAUCACCUGCGCGGCGAUAGCAACAACGACAGCAACAGCAGCAGCAAUCUCCUCUCGGAGCCUCCUCCUCCUCCUCCCCUGAACCUCCACGGCGAGGGCGAUGCAGAACUCUGCUCAUGCUGGAGCAGGAGGAGUGCUGCUGCCGCGUCAUCGCUACUGGAAGCGAAGAAGAGCUCCCCUGGAUUCCCCCGUGAUCGUGGAUAUCAUCAUCACCUGCCGCAGGUGAACGAAGAAGCCAUCCAGCUCUCGAAUUUCCUCUUUCCUACCGCAACAAACAAGGACAACAACAACAACAAUACCGACACCCCUUUAAGUUUACACAUACAUCAUGGCCAGCUACUGCAGGCCGAACACGCGCUCGCAACCGUCCAGAAACAACGGGACCGACUCGGCGCGCAGGGCAGGGCACUCCUCCGACAGCUUUCCGAGGUAUAUGCGAUCGGGGUGUCCCUGGAUAUCUUCAUUGCGAGCGAGGCGUUUCAGGUUCAUCUGCUGGGGGCGGAGAGAGCUUUCGCUGCGCUAAGUGAGUGAUUUUCUUUUCUUUUCUUUUCUCUUCUUUUCUUGGGGGGGAGGGGGUGAAGUACUUUUCGACUGUAUCUUUGGGUCAAUUAUCUGUAGUAGUUCAGUAUGGG